AUGGAGGAGCAACAAGGUAAGAAUCAGAAUACUACAAAGGCACUAGGUCAAGAGGCAUCAAAACCAGAGUUGGGGAAAACUGAGAAAAAUUGGGUAAAUCUAUUCACUGGCAAUAAACUGGCUGCAAAAGGAAUGGAUCUAGUGUUCAUACCACCUACCAUUCAUGAUGGAGUAAAGAAAGUGCAGUUACAACAGGAGGAGAUGGAGGUGGAAAAUGCGAAAUGGCAGAAGGCUAUAAUCUUGUAUGUUAUUGGAGAUUCACCUUCAAUAGGAGCCAUGGAGAGAUUCAUAGCAGCACAAUGGAACUUUGCUGCUAAACCAAAAGUAUUUUAUCACAACGAAGGGUAUUUUGUUAUACUAUUUAAUAGCAUGGAUGAUAAGAAUGAAGUGUUGUAUUCAAGGCCACAUACCAUGGGAGCAAAGCCAUUAAUUCUGAAAUCAUGGUCGGCAGAUUUUAAUUUGUAUAAUGAAGUUCUUAAGACUAUACCAUUAUGGGUUAGUUUUCCUAAUCUUCCUUUGAAUUGCUGGGGAAGGAUGACUCUAAGCAGAAUUGCUAGUGGAUUGGGCUGCCCUAUCUAUAUUGAUGAAUGCACAACCAAUACAGCCAGAAUCUCUUAUGCCCGAGUCCUUAUUGGAAUGGAUAUCAGUAAAGAGCUACCUAAAUGUAUUAAAAUACAAGAUCCUGCAGGGAAGGAGUUUGAACAGUUGUUGGAAUAUGACUGGGUGCCACAAUAUUAUAAGAAAUGCUUGAUGGUGGGACAUGAUUGUGAUGGAGAGCAAGGCAGAGCUGGGGAAGCUAGGAAGAAUAGCAGUAACAACAAAAACCAGUAA